AUGCACCGGUGGGUACCCAUUACAGGAACGCAAGAUGCGUCCGUCAGGCUUGAUGAUUUUUCGAAGCUCGUCCAGCUGAAGACUCUGCGCAUAACAGGCUUUGGCUUGCGAGGUUAUAACUGCACUCAGUGGCGUAGCCCUGGACAAACCCAAGGAAGCUCUCAAUCAUCCCAAACAUCACCCGCGAUGCAGCCGCCACCACAACCACCACCACCGCCACCACCACCACCACCACCAUCACUACCACCACCACCACCACCACGACCACCACCACCACCAUCACCACCACGACCACCACCACUACCACCACCAUCACCACCACCAUCACUACCACCGCCAUCGCCACCACCACUACCACCACCAUCACCACCACCACCAUCACCACCACGACCACCACCACUACCACCACCAUCACCACCACCAUCACUACCACCGCCAUCGCCACCACCACCGCCAACCGCCCCACCAGGCUGUGAACAUGUUGCUACACCCUCACAGCUGGACCUGCCACGGUCGCUCGCUGCAGCGUGCUUCCUUGAUGUCAUCGGCGGCGCGGCGGCAGGCAGGCAGGCGACUGUGGAAAUGCCAGUCUACACGGUGGAUGGGCAGGUGUGGCAGUCGGACCCGGGUCUGAGUGUGGUGCUGACACUGGUGCCAUCAGCGCUUGUUGAGUACAUCGACAACGCAUACCCGGGCAGCCUGCGAGGGACACAGUAUGAGAUCCAGGUUUUCGAUGCCCAGGAGGAGGGCAACAAUAUGGACGGCAACAGCACAUUAUUGCAGGAGCUGCUGCUGCUGGCCAAGGAGCCCCAGGUUAUUGCCUUUCAAGGCAGCUUCUCGAUCUACAACCAGUCCUACCAGGUACCGGUUCUGCUCAAUGACUCGGACACGUACCGGGCUCUGCUCUCAGUACGAAGCCCUGCACUGAAUGGCUCACUACGUCUCUCACGGUUCUGGGUUACGGCCAUGGACGUGGCCAAACUCGACACUCUGGCGUCGUCCUCAGAGUUGGACCCGGCAGUCAACCCUGUGGUAUCGCUCAACCUGACGCUGUCCGCCGCUUCAAUGACCUCGUACCCCGGAGGCCCCGAAACCAUGCUGGCGGACUACCGGGCGCUGCUGGCAUCGCGGGCCGGCCUGACAUCCAUCGAUAACAUCGCCGUCUCCUUAAUCCCUGUUGCCACAGGGUCCCACAGCAACAGCGACUCGCCAGGCACUGUCAUGCUGUCGUUCAAGGUGUACUUCACCGACUGGGCCAGGACGACGAACCGCUCCGCCGUCAUGAUGGCUGCCCUGGAGAGGUUUUACUUCCGGAUCAUAAACUCACCGGCGACCAUACUGCAGGAUGAGGCGUAUCCUGGCCUGUAUGACUCAACAGUACAGGUGACUGCAGUGUCGCUUGACGAAACAACUGAAUCAGCUCUGGCUUCCAGACUAACCGCUUCUGAUGUGGAGGGCAGCACGGCGGAUCCCUCCAUUGACAUCCUGCUGGAGGAUUAUUUAGACAGCGACACUUCAGCCGCCACGACAUCCUCCUCGACGUCCGUUGCGACCCUCCCAGCCUCCUCUACAAUUUCUUCUCCUCCUGUGAUUACGUUGAUUGGGGACCCCUACAUGGAGGUUCAGGAGGCGGACACCUUCUCUGACCCUGGCGUGUACGUGUACGACUCCAUCGAUGGCUUUGCCGUGGAUGCACGAGUGACAGUGCGCAUCUGUGCUCAGAUACCAAACCUGGAGGAGGUGAUGUACGCUCUGGAUGCGGCGGGGGCCACAGCCAGUGGCACUGUCGGUACGGCAGCAGGGCGCGGAAUGUCCGUUGCGGCCGCAGCAAAGGCAGCGGCCCAGGCGGCACCGCCGCCGGUGUUCACUUGCGUUGGCGGCACAGCAGGCAGCAACUCCACCACUGGCCAGCUGACCAUCUACCCCAACGGCGGCCCGACGCUCAACAGCAGUUCUAUAAACGCUGUGACCCAGAUGUACCUACUUUCAUACAGUGCCGUCAAUUCCCGUGCUACCGCCGCCAUCCCGCGUUACCGGGCUGUUGCUGUCAAACCGCAAUGCAGAACCGCCGAUGGGGAGUUUUGGUGCCCUUCGCUUUCCGCCUGCUCGAUUCGGGGUGUCUGCAACAGCACCCUGGUAGCUUUGAGCACCGCGCUCCAGAGCGUCGCAGGUGGUUCAACCUCCUUAUCCGCCGACACCGCUGUUAGCGCCGCAUCUAAUGCCAUUCCUGGAGUUGACCCCUCCACAUUGACCGUCACGUACACUCCUGCGGGCGAUAUGACCGUCGUCUCACCUGACGGCAGCCUCACCAUUGUCGACCCGCUGUCGUACGCUCGUUCAUCUCUGGCAGGUCCUGAUUCUGGAUCCUUCGGUAUCCUGGGUGCCAUCAUGUCUGGCGGCAGUGGUGCUUCAACCGCAUCUACAGCGGUCUCACAGCAGCAGCCAGUGUACAUCAAAGACACCCUACCCCCGGUCAUCACUCUCCUUGGUUCGGGUAAACUCGCACUGACCCCUAGCGGUGCAGCAGUUAUGAUUGACAGUGUGUUGGUGGGUUCGGAGUGGACGGACCCCGGCGCCACUGUAUGGGAUGCGGUUGAUGGCGACCUCACGGCCAUGCUUCAAACGUUUGGCGCUGCUGCGGUGGACACGAGUCGGCCAACGAAACAGGGCUCCUUGUACUCCUACGUGGUGGAAUAUCAGCACACGCCGCUGGUGAUUCAAAAGCAGGUGCGGCGCCAGCAAACACAGCGUGUGCUGAAAGGCCAAAGCGAUGGGAGCUGGCGGGAGAACGAGGGAGUGUGUCGCUUCCAGGCGCACUGGACAGCUUUGUUCGAAUGGGCUGAGUGUGUUGCGCCGGAUGUGGAGGCUGGCGAGGUGCACGACCGUGUCCGGGUGGGUGCUUCGCAGCACACGCCGCUGGUGAUUCAAAAGCAGGCAGCCGACCUGACUGGCAAUGUCGCACAGCUGGCGCGUCGUCUAAUUAAGGUAGUCUGCCCCAGCAAUGAGAGCUACUGCACCGACAAGGAUGACCUGCCAUCCUGCACAAGUCAAGGCAUCUGCGGCGACACCCAGGCCACCGUCUCCAGUGGUGCCACGUCUGGCUCGAGAUACACCUCCGCUGCCAGCAAUGAAUCAUUCAACAGCAUUGGGUUCCCCAACUUGAAGAUUAUGGGGCCUCUCACAAUUUCAAUCCAGCAAAACGCCAAGUAUGACAGGUGUACAAGUCUAGUACCGCAGAACCAGCCUUGCGACCCAGGUGCAGUGGCUUUCGAUGUGCAGGAUGGGAGCCUGGACCUGAGGGUGCAAGUCUGUGGCACUCCACUACGUGCGGCAAGGGCAGGUCAGACACUGCUGCCACUGCUGAUUGCAUGCAACGUGUCUGUUUCCAGACCUGGCAAUUACACAAUCACGUACUCGGUGGCUAACAGCGCGGGGCGCUCUGCAAGUGUGUCACGUGUCCUCAUCGUGCAGCCUGUCUGCCCUUCUGGGGAGAUACUCUGCUCGGAUGGCAUAUCCUGCUCCGACGGUGGCGGUGUCUGCAGAUCUAAUGUGGAGAGCGCCAGCGUCACAAUCUCGUCAUUGGUAGCUGCAGCCGCUGCAGAAACGACUAUUGCUUUGAAGCCGCAGCUGACUUUAAUCACAGCCAUUGCAGCCCCAGCACGAGUGCUGUUGCCACGCGGCAGCACUUAUGGGCCAUGCACUACUGGUGCUGACCUGUCAGCCGCCUCGACCCCGUCCUGUGAGCCAGGCGCGACGGCCAUUGACUCCACUGGCACAGUCGACCUAACGGAUCGUGUGGUGGUGUGCCCGCCAUCAUCCUGCCUGUAUGGUGGCGGCUGCUCCUCAGAUUUGCUGCGAAGGCAUACCCUGGCUUCCAAGGGUCUAGCGGGUUGUGGGAUUAACACACUCGCACCACCAGGUGCAGUUUUCAACGUCAACUUUUGGGUAUGGGAUAAUGCCCGUCCGCCGAACAACGCCACCGUCCGCCGCACCAUCGUCAUUGUGGAUCCAUGCACCGAUAAGUCCGCACCUUACUUUUGCUCUGAUGGGUCCGGCGGCUACCUAUGCUCCCCAUUGCCCUGCACUGCCAGUGCAUCCCUCCUGCCACCCAAGGUUCCUGGUCCCAAUAUUACACUGCUGCCACCUGCUGACGUGGCCUACGUGGAGUACGGAAGCGUGUCACCUGUGUACCUGGGGCCCUGCACCUCCAUGUUUGAUACACGCAGCUGUGGCGCUGUUGCGACUGGUGUGCUGCUCCCCACAUCCCCCGCUGCCAACAUCACCACUGUAGACCUGACAGCCCAGCUCAGCGUUAUCAAUACGACACCGUGCAAUACGACAUCUGGAAGCAGCACCACUUGCCAGUCUUGCAGCUUGGAGGCACUCGCUAUGGGCAGCAGCAACUGCUUGCCUGGAGUGUACACAUUCCAGUACUCGGUGACUGAUGACCAGGGCGUUACUGCGACUGCAAACCGGACCGUUGUUGUUUACCAGCAAGCAACCAUCAUUGUGACCCUGAUACUGUUGGCUGACAAUCUGACUGAUGCCGAAGCUCCAGCACAGCUCACCGUAAACCUCAUGAACAGCAGCCAUCCUGAUCAUGCAUCUGCAGUGCAGGAGCUUGUGACUCGCAUGGCCAGCUACGGCGUGCAGGCAUCCGAUAUAGAUAUCUUGUCAGCAACAGUGUUCACGACCUCCCCGCCUCCUACCAACAGCUCCCCAGCAAGCGUGUCAGUCGAUGCAGCCAUACACAUCUACAACCCACGCCACGUGCAUCGUUCUGUGUCAGGCCUGUCGCAGUCAUCUUCCUCCAGCAGCAGUACUUCUGUCAAGAGGCGUCAGCUCCUUGAUGCUGAGGAGCUGGCAGGGAUGGUAUAUGAAAAUGACAUGCCCAUGGAAACACGACCAUUGCAGGAGUUGUGGGAUGAACUGGUAAAACAGCGGUCUCGGGAGGCGCUUCAAAAGAUGCGGUGUCCUGUGAGCAAGGUCAAGAGAAGCAGGGAAGCCCAUCAGCUGUCAAGCCACUUUUGCUUGAGGCAGCAGCAGCAGCCCAUUCGUAGCCUUCUCCAGGCCCUUGCCAACACCAGCACCACCAGCACAUCAGCCAUGGACUCCCUGGCUGCGUCUGUAGCCUCCUCCCUCAAUGCCACCUCUGUUAACAUCACGGUCCCGUCUGUACCGGACCUGACUGCCGGCUUCGUUGAGUCACUGGUGGGCCUUGUCCAGGCCCUGCUGCAGACAUCAGAUGCCGCUUACACGAAGGCCAGUACGCUUAACUCCAACCUUCCAUCGAUUCUUGGUGAUGACAAGGUGGCAACCGCAGAUGAAGGUCGUGGUGCAGCCAUGAAGUCAGCAGUGGGCGCUCUUGUGGCGGAGGCAGCCGAUGCACAGAAUCGCACGCUGGUGGUUUCAGCACAGGUCGAGGCGGGGUUCGACGCCCAGUUGGCUGCCGAGCAGCAGCUGCUGGAGCAGAGCAGUGAAUUGGACGUAAAGCUCCGUGAGCUGUCUGCACAGACACGUGCAGAAACGGACCGAGCGCUGUACAUGGCAAUGCUUGCAGCAGAAGCAGCCAAGGAUGCCGGGGAAAUAGUAAUGGACACAAACUGCUACCGGCUGCAGCGGACAGGCUUUCUGGUGGCUUUUACUCUCCCAUACUUCUCACAGGGGUCAAGUGCUGCAACCGUGUCAUUGGCGGCUUGUUGUUGCACACCACCCGCCGUACACUUCCAGUACCAGGAGGAAGCGGAAGCAGCUCGGCGAGGCAGCGAAAUGCAGCUUGUGGUAGCAGAUUUGCAACCCUGGGUUCUUUUCCCGCCCAUGUUUAUUAAGACCAACAGGUCCUCCCCACUUUACCGAGAGGACCUCACCUCGCAGCUCAGCUGGUACUACAACACGUCGGACCCGGCGCAAGUGAGUGUCACGGGCACACCCUACGGGUUCACUUCCCGGGCCCUAUCCGGCCGCUCACCCGGCUUCCCCGUGCUGCUGGAAAGCGGACUGUCCGCCAGUCGUGCAGCCCAGAUGGUGCGCUAUCUGGUGGAUGGGAACUAUUUGGACCAUCGCCAAACCGUGGAGAUGACGGCCGAGCUGCUGGUCUACAACCCUGGUUACCACGCCUUCGCCUACUUCCGUGGUGACUUCCAGUGGUCGGAGGCGGGGGCCAUCAUAGGCCACCUCUCCACUGUGGGCUUCCCUGCCAUGGCCUACCUCGAGGAAGACGAAGCGCUGACGGGGAAGGCGCUUCAUCGCGUGUUUGCAAGGGAGUUACUGCCGCUGUGGGUGCUGACGGUCUUCUUUGCAUUGCUCACUGCUGCCUCCACGGCCUAUGCUGCGGCAAAUGCGGCACAUUACACGGCGGCGGCAGCUGCAGCAGCGGCGGCCGCUAAGAAACAUCAAUCCAGGAGGCCUGGUCUGACUAAUGGCUGUGGAAGCAUCGAUGGAGCCGAUUUCCUUGCGCCCACCUCUCCUAAUGCUGUCGGUGCUACGGAAACGUCCCCAAGGCAAAGGCCCAGUAUCAAUGCCGAAAGGCAGUCCAUUGAAACACAGUCCGCUGCAGGAGCUGCUGGUACCGCCUCCUCGGUUUACGUCACACCACCUCCAUCUUCGGGAACCGCUGCAGUGAAGUCCGUCUCACGGCCCGUCACUGGAACAGCCAACACUGCCAACAGCAGCCGCUUUGAGGCCCGAGUGCCAGCGGAGGCUCAUGUUGCUUCUACAUCACCUCAAUUACCCGCGAGCAAUAGCAGCACUUUGUUAGCUUCCGCACCUGGCCUUGAUGAGCUGUCGGGUGCAUCUGCGCGUCGUAAUUGGUUUAGGGAGUUUGUGAGGCAUGAUGGCGGACUGCUGUACGAUAUACCUCUGGCAAUAUUGCUAAUCGCUGUGUCAGCAUUCUGGUCGGUCUUCGUGUCGCAACACCUGGUGCUGUACAAGGCCCGCUCAUCCUACCACGUAUACGAUGCUUCUUCCUUUGCAGCAGCAAACUGGCUGCUGGCAGCUCGUCAAGGCAUCGCCGCGGAAUUCGCGUCUGUCUACGCUGAGGCUGCCGGUAUGGGCAUUGACCUUCCUACAGGCGCUGGCGUCCCUGGCCGGUGGUUGCUGCCUACGGAAGACUCGGAUUGGGACGCACUGAACGAGGUGCUGCGUAACGCUCACACCCUGGUGGACAUGUGGACCACAUACGGCAUGUUGCAAGCGGUGGUUAUUGUUGGCUUGGUUGCAAAGCUUGUCAUGGUGAUGUCCUUCCAGGCGCGCCUGGGCAUCAUCUGCCGCACCCUCAUGACCAUGUUCACCCCCGUGCUCCACCUGGUCAUUAUCAUCGUGCUGGUAGCCGUCAUGUUGGCAGCAGCCGCUAACACCGUCAUGGGCGACCGCAUGGCGGCGCUAUCCAGCCUGGAUGGGGCCAUUCGGGAUACCAUCUCCAUUAUUAGCGGUCCAUCUGCCAUCAACGUAUUUAAGCUGUUGUCCAGCAGUAGCCUCAUUUUGCCGGCUGUGCAGAAGGUUGCGAUUGCCAUCAUGGUCGCGAGCAAGGUCCUGCUACUGCUAUUCAUGCUGGUUUCCUACUUCUUCGCCACGAUGGGUUUAAUUUUUAUGAAGCAGAAGUGCAGCAUUGACUGGGAGCGUGCUACAACCGUGCUGCAAGACCUGACGCAAGUUGUGCUGCCCGACUUGCUCCUUACAAUCAGAGGGAUGCUGUGUGGUGGUGUGGUUCCAACCCGGCUGCGACGGAGCUCCCACAUGACAGCAUCUGCAGCCGCCGCCGCCGCCUCCACAGUGACGGCCAGCAUGACCACCUCCAAGGUUGCAGAUACUAGUAAUGUAGUGAAUGAUCGUGGCAGUCCCAAUAGUGCAACCAAGGCGUAUUGCUGCACACUGGCACGCUGCAUGCGGGAUGCACCCACUAAUAUGCAGCUGCUGCAAGUGCUGGCAACAGGGGUCGUGCGUGAGCUGAUGUGCAGCACAGAGCUACCCAAAACCUGGAAUGGCCGAGUUCGUGCUGUAAUGGUAAUGGUGGCUGGUGGACAGAGGCUAAUUGACAAGGUCACGAUGCGCCACCUUAUGGCUCUUGUUGCAUCAAACACAGCUGCUGUCACCAGUAAAGGCUGCGGUAAAGCCAAUACCAAAGUUGAACAUUCUGCAAUGGCAUCUGACACAGAGCAUCACAAAUUGGUGAUGACAAUGGCACGACUUGUCAUGGAACAUGUGGGGCGUACAUAUGGCUCUUCAACACCUGAGUAUCAAAUCCUAGAGGGUGCAAUGAUGAAGGACAUGGCAGCACCACAGCGCCAAGUGUGGCCUGAUCAGAGAGCCGCUGUAAGGUCCCGGUCCUCAAGGUCUUCCCAAGUGAAGCAUGAUGACGCCAAAAAGUGCCUGUUCGACAGCAGCGUGCCUCCUGCAAGUGCAAGAGCAAGCCGCGAGGUCGACAUCCACCUUUGCAUUCACGAUGCGCUUAAGGCCACAGUGGAGUCUAUGCCCUCACUCCAGCCGCAGUCAAGUCCCUCACAACAAUGGCAUAUCCGCCAGACAUCACUACUCUCUCGGCAGCUGCAGCAACGGCAGCAAGUCUCAUUCAUCAGGCAAUCCAGCUAUGCCGCAGCUGAUGAGGUCGCAAACGGUGUGCUGUCGCCCUCGCAAAUGUCUGUGGUAGGCUUUACAGCUUUGGACGGCAGUAGUGAGGCCCAGUCCCUGGAGGUGCAAAUCAACAGCACGUAA